UGCGAAAGGAACAUUAUUAAGCCAAACAAGAAACUGGGGACUAAUAGAAUCGAAGAAGAAACUUUUUAUGUAUAUAAAAAAGGGCACUGAUUGAGAAGGGAAACAAAAUGGUGUCAAAUACUUGUUACUGUUCCCGAUUCUUAGCUAUAAAUAGGAGUCUUCCUUCCAUUUAUCUUCAUUCAAAAUCUAAUCAACGUCGAAUUUCACUCUUCUUUAGAAGCAAGCAAAAUUUUCAGAAACGUGUAAGUUCUGGUAUUUCAGGCGUUGGGGUUUCCGGAGUUUCUAUCAAUCCAGCGCUAUCGGUAUUAUCUUUUAAGAGAGGUGAUUUAAAGCCACCUUUGAAGAAAGAAGGAGUAGAAGGAAUGACGAUAAAACCGGCGGUUAGGAUCUCCGAGAGGAAAUUAGUGGUAAAGGAGCGGACAAUCCUGACCGGAGUUCCCGAAAAUGUGAUCGCAACUUCCGGUACGGCAGCCGGUUCGGUGGAGGGGGUUUUCCUUGGUGCGGUUUUUGAUGAAGAGAACAGCAGGCAUGUGGUGCCCAUCGGGACUUUACGCGAUGUCCGGUUCAUGUCCUGCUUUAGGUUCAAGUUAUGGUGGAUGGCCCAGAAAAUGGGAGAUCAAGGCAAAGACGUUCCUCUCGAGACUCAAUUCCUUUUGGUGGAAACCAAAGAUGGGUCCCACCUGGACUCAACCGAAGAAAAUCAGAUUGUUUAUACCGUAUUCCUCCCUUUGAUUGAAGGCCCCUUUCGAGCCGUCCUACAAGGCAACCAAAACGACCAGCUCGAGCUGUGUUUAGAGAGCGGCGACGCCGACACCAAAGCGUCGUCGUUUACGCAUUCCGUUUAUAUCCACGCAGGCACCGACCCUUUCACUACAAUCACCGAAGCAAUCAGGGCCGUCAAAUUACAUCUCAAAACGUUCCGGCAACGUCACGAGAAAAAAUUACCUGGGAUUGUUGACUAUUUCGGGUGGUGCACCUGGGACGCUUUUUACCAGGACGUUACUCAAGAAGGGGUCGAAGCUGGGAUCGAGUCUUUAGCUGCCGGCGGGACCCCACCGAAGUUCGUGAUCAUCGACGACGGAUGGCAAUCUGUCGGCGGCGACGCCCGCGAAGAAGACAAAGCGUCCUCAUCGGCCGAUCAGGCUGAAACGAAACAACAGCCAUUGCUUCGCUUGACGGGGAUAAAAGAAAACGAGAAAUUCCAGAAGAAGGAUGAUCCAACUGUGGGGAUCAAAAACAUCGUCAACAUUGCGAAAGAAAAACACGGGUUAAAGUAUGUGUACGUUUGGCAUGCAAUUACGGGGUACUGGGGUGGAGUCCGCCCUGGAGUUGAGGAAAUGGAAGGAUACGGGUCUAGAAUCCGGUACCCAAUGGUUUCUAAGGGAGUGGUGGAUAAUGAACCGGGUUGGAAAACCGAUGCGAUAGCUGUUCAAGGGUUGGGUUUAGUGAACCCGAAAAAUGUGUACAAAUUUUACAACGAAUUGCACAGUUAUCUGGCGGAUGCGGGCAUAGAUGGAGUUAAGGUGGACGUGCAGUGCAUUUUAGAAACUCUUGGAGCUGAACUCGGUGGAAGGGUGGAGUUGACGAGGCAAUAUCAUCAGGCCCUUGACGCAUCGGUGGGGAGGAAUUUUCCUGACAAUGGGAUCAUCGCUUGCAUGAGCCAUAACACUGAUGCACUCUACUGUUCGAAACAGACGGCGGUGGUGAGAGCAUCAGAUGAUUUCUACCCGCGCGACCCGGUCUCGCACACCAUCCAUAUUGCAGCGGUGGCCUACAAUAGUGUUUUCCUUGGGGAAUUUAUGCAACCCGAUUGGGAUAUGUUCCACUCACUUCAUCCGGCUGCUGAGUACCAUGCCUCAGCCCGAGCUAUUAGCGGUGGCCCCGUCUAUGUCAGUGAUGCGCCUGGGAGACACAACUUUGAGCUUCUGAAGAAACUGGUGUUGCCUGAUGGGUCCAUUCUUCGUGCUCGUUUGCCUGGACGCCCCACACGCGACUGCUUGUUUACAGAUCCAGCUCGUGAUGGCGUUAGCUUGUUGAAGAUAUGGAACAUGAAUAAGUACACCGGAGUUCUAGUUGUUUACAACUGCCAAGGUGCAGCAUGGAACAGCGCGGCAAGGAAGAAUACUUUCCACCAAACCAAGACAGACUCCUUAUCAGGCCACGUAAAAGGUCAUGAUGUCCAUCUCAUUUCAGAGGCCUCAUUGGACCCUGAAUGGGCCGGUGACUCUGCAGUUUACUGUCACCAGACUGGUGAACUUAUCACCCUUCCAUACAAUGCUGCCAUGCCAGUGUCCCUCAAGGUCCUUGAGCAUGAAAUCUUCACAAUAACACCUAUCAAGCAUUUGGCUCCUGGAUUCAGUUUUGCACCCUUGGGACUCAUCAACAUGUACAACUCUGGUGGUGCCAUUGUGGAUUUAAAGUAUGAAGUUAAAGAUGGUGCCAAACUAUCUGAGCUUGAUAUUGAAUAUGGAGGUGAAAGCAGUGGUCUUCGUGUGAGGGCGGAGAAUUCUAGCAAUGAACUGGUGGGAAAAGUUUGCAUGGAAAUAAAAGGUUGUGGCAACUUUGGUGCUUAUUCAUCAGCCAAGCCAAGACAGUGCAGCGUUGGGUCCAGUGAAGUUCAGUUCGACUAUGAUUCGUUGUCGGGAUUGGUAAAGAUCAGCUUGGAAAAAUUGCCCGAGGAAGGGCCGAAAGUCCAUGUUGUUGAAGUUGAAUUAUGAGUUAGCUGCAGCAAAGUAGUGUAUCAGAUUUUUACCAUGACGGGAUCAUGUCGGAGAGUAGAUUUUGCUCUGGUUGGGGAUUUUCUCAAUAAAGUCCCUCCUAUUUUUUACCCAUUCAUUAGCUUUAUGUAUUGAUUUAUGUAUUAAGAUGAAGAAUUGGAAUAAUAGUUUCUACUUGCUAUUA